AUGUCACAAAUUAGCAAAAGAUCAAAAAAAAUUCUUACUCCAAGUCAAAAAUAUGACAUUUGUAUUAAAAAACAAACUAUUUCUACACCUUCAAAUAAAGAAUUGGCAUUAGAAUAUUCUGUUGGAGAAUCUACUAUUCAUGAUAUUCUUCAACAAAAAGAUAAGUGGCUUGUUUUAACUCCAACUAAAAUUAAACAAAGUGGCAAAUGGCCAUUAUUAGAAGAAGCUUUAUGGCUUUGGACACAAGGUGCUAUUGGAGCAGAAAUGGAUCUUAAUGAUAAAAUUUUACAAAGAAAAGCUAUUCAGUUUGCUGAGACACUUAAAAUUGAAAAUUUUAAAGGAUCUUUAGGUAUUCCUAUUUCUUUUCAAGAAAAUAAUACUAGAGAAAGUAUACCUACUAUUACUAGUACUAUUAGUAGUAGAGAAAGCACACCUAUUAUUAAUCAAGAAAAUUUGCUUACUACCACUUCUCAUAUAACUAAUCAAGAAGGAACCAAUACUACUCUUCAAAAAAGCAGUACAACUACUAAUUUAGAAAAUUUUACUACUACUAUUCAGAAUGAUAUUAUUACUAUUAAUCAAUAUGAAAACAUUCAAGGAUUAAUUAAUCAAUUGGGUUUUACUAAUCCAAUGUCUGCUGAUGAUAAAAGAAUUUCUAUCGAAGAAUUUUUAGAUGAUGAAAUGAUACAUAGGGUAGUAAGAGAAAUUUCACCAUCAAUUGAAGAAGAAAUUGAAGAAAUCUCUUUAACUCAAGCUCUUGUAACUCAAGAAAUUGAAAAUGAAACCCUUUCAAUCCAAAUUCCCUCAACCCAAGAAGUAAUAAAAUCACUUGAUGAUAUUUUGCUUUUUCUUGAACAUCCACCUGAAAAUUUUAAAGUAGCAAAGACCGAUAUUAAUUCAAUUAGAAACUUAUAUAAAAAAACCAAAAAAUUUCAAUCGGAAUAG